AUGAGUAAACUAGGCCUAAUCCACAACAUCACGUUGUUCGAUGAUGAUGAUUUUUCUUUGUACAUUGAACAGUUGGAGCAGUAUUUUGUGGCCAAUGAUGCUGACAAUUCAAAGAAAGUGUCUGUUUUACUUUCUGUUAUAGGGGAAAAAGUCUAUUUCCGAAGACUAGCUUUGACCUGUUCCUUUGGUGCUUUUCUCGACGAAGCUUUGAGAGACAGAUUCGUUUGUGGUUUAAAUGAUGAAAAUAUGCAGAAACGUCUGCUGGCGAAAAAAGACUUGAAACUUUCAGAUGCAACAGAAAUAGCAGUUGCCACGGAGAUAGCCAAUGCUGAUGCAUCCAAUAUGAAAAUUUUUUCUCCAGUUGUGAAUAAAAUGUUGAGUCAGUCUGGAAAUCGUGGACAAAAGAAGGUGAACUUUUCUAAUAAUGCGUCCAGUAAAGAGUCUAAAAGUAAAUGCUUUAGCUGUGGUGCAGUUCACAAUCCUAGAAACUGUAAAUACAAGAGAGCAAAAUAUCAUUCUUGUGGCAAAAUAGGCCACAUAUCUCCUGUAUGCUUAUCAAAAAAAUAAACGACAAGACUCGACAAAUAAGGUUGAAGUCAACUUUAUUCCAUUAAGUCUAUAAAUCAAGUAAAUGUGAAAUACACAGUAAAUGUUAAAAUUAACGACAAACCUAUAGAGA